AUGUCGGCUGCCACCUUACCGCUAUCCAUGCCCAUCCCAAGUCAAAGUACUCGAGUUGCCAGUGGGUACUCGCAGUUACCACAACUGAACACUCCCCCAGAUGAUUUUUUCAACGAAUUUCCACCCAAGUGGGAUGCUCCAAAAUCCUUUAUUCCUCGGCAUAUCUUCCAGAUAUGCUGCUUCAUAUUUACCUGGCGCAGCGAUCUGCACUGGUUGCACGACCUCUUGAGAGAAGGAAACGCCUGGGAAGAGCUGCAUAGUCGAUAUCUGACCCAGCUCAAUCAAGUGAGCACAGUGCAAGGACUCGUGCUUGCCACUGCGGCGGUUUUUAUCUCCUCAAAUCCACCACUUGCGAAAGAUGUCAACUAUAUAUCUAACUCAUCUUACGCCUGUUUGGCGGAGUCGCUUAUCUUUUCAUUGUUUGGGCUAUUGUUCCAGCUGAAGGUAUCUGCCUCCGGAAUCAUUUUUCAACGACGUAGUGCUGCAAAAGUCAUAAUCGAGAGGCGCUGGAGAAUAUUCUGGCACCUCCUGGGUAUGGCAAUGCCAAUCAUCAUUUUUACCAUAUCAGUGGUACUUUUGCUCAUAUGUGCGCAGUUCACCUCGUAAUAUGUGAUCGCGACUUACACAGUUCCUCAUCAGCUAUUGUGCUCACAGGGCUUGCAUCUCAGUCCGAAACUGUCCAAAUGUAUCUGAGCAUAACAUUCGCUUUCCUUGCCACUUGUCAUUUGGUAGCGAUUCUGGGUUCACCAUUCUACCACCAUUUUUCAAACCUAUGCGUCCACAUUCUUCGCCUCGAGAAUGGCGAAUGACCUCAGGAAGCGGGCGGCGCCUCAGCAUUCGGUGCUAGAGGUUCCGCAAGGGCACUGACAGGUGUUCUAGUAGCCAUCGAUCACUCCUGGAUCUACAUUCUUUUGCACUCACCCGCCUCUCCCUUUUCUCUGAUAUCCUGUUUCACAUACAUUCGAUUCCUUAUUGCGUUCAUAUUAUAUACAUUUCAUAGCACAUUAUUAAUUAUCUUUUGUUCAACACAAUUCGAUUACCGAUCCCAGUCAACCGUUAUGUUAGCCGUAGACGUCGGUUUCCUCACAGU